UUCUGGAUGAGCUCCCCAGUGUGAGACAGGAUCCAGAUUUGAUCAGAUCCCCUGGUUGUCCUCCGCCUCGGAUCCUUUGGGUUACAUAUUGAUCUACCUCACUCACUCAAUCAGGAAAUUCGGAUACCUGCAGUCACUGCAGCGGUGGAGGCGAGGGCCUGCUGGGAUACGGGCCGAGCCUGAAGAUGAUGGAAUGGUUGAAAAAGUUUUUGAAGUGCAUGUUUUCAGCCAAAGUCAGGGCGUAUGUGAAGGACUACUGCAAGAGGAAUGGCCUGCUGACACUCUCUGUGUUUGCCGUAGUGACGGGCUGCGUGCUUGGAUUUGUCCUCAGGACGUUUAACCUGUCCACACAGGCUAAGAUCUACUUUUCCUUCCCCGGAGAACUUCUGAUGAGGAUGUUAAAGAUGUUGAUUCUGCCACUAAUCACCUCCAGUCUUAUGUCCGGCCUGUCAGCCAUGGACACGAAGGCAAGCGGUCGGCUGGGUGUCCUGACCAUCACCUACUACCUGUGGACAACCUUCAUCGCCGUCAUCGUCGGCAUUGUGCUGGUGCUCGUCAUUCACCCGGGCACGGGCACAGAGAAAGAUGGCCACCAUGCAAGUUCAGGGCCUGUUAUGACCUCCGCUGAUGCACUGCUGGACCUCAUCAGAAACAUGAUCCCGUCAAAUCUCAUUGAAGCAACUUUUCAGCAGUACCGAACGGACCUCGUACCUAUUGUACAGAACUCGGAUGUAAAAGACUCUCAAGCAAACUUUGUGUAUGUCAUGCCUGACUAUCACAACCCUCAACUCGGACACCCGGUCUUUCUGGAAAUCACGCCCGCGCCAGACAUCAAGUACAAAAUCGUCCCCAGUACCAGCAAGGGCAUGAACGUGCUGGGGAUCGUCAUCUUCUCCGCCACCAUGGGUCUUCUGCUGGGGAAGAUGGGAGAACGCGGAGCACCGUUGGUCAAUGUGUGCCAGUGCGUCAACGAGUGCGUCAUGAAGAUUAUCAACGCUGCGAUGUGGUACUUCCCCUUCGGCAUUGUAUUCCUUGUGGCCGGGAAGAUCCUGGACAUGCACGACCCGGCCCACCUGGGAGAGAAGCUGGGCAUGUACUUCAUCACGGUCCUCUCCGGCUUGUUCGUGCACGGCCUCAUCCUGCUGCCUCUCUUCUACUUCUUCUUCACCCGCAAAAACCCCUUCGCCUACAUCAGAGGGCUGCUGCAGGCCCUUGUCAUUGCACUGGCCACGUCAUCCAGCUCAGCCACAUUGCCCAUCACCAUGAAGUGUCUCCUGGAGAACUGUGGAGUAGACCGGCAGAUUGCUCGCUUCGUGCUGCCAGUGGGAGCUACCAUCAACAUGGACGGGACGGCCCUGUACGAGGCAGUGGCGGCCAUCUUUAUUGCUCAGGUCAAUGAGUAUGACUUGGACUUUGGCCAGCUGGUCACUAUCAGUAUCACGGCAACAGCCGCCAGCAUCGGGGCGGCUGGGAUACCUCAAGCCGGUCUGGUUACCAUGGUGAUCGUCUUGACGUCUGUGGGGUUGCCGCCUGCCGACAUCUCGCUGAUUGUGGCCAUCGAUUGGGUCCUGGAUCGGUUCAGGACGAUGAUCAACGUUCUCGGUGAUGCCUUAGCUGCUGGGAUUAUGGCUCAUUUAUGUAAGAAGGACUUUGAGAGAGCAGCUUCUACUGUUGCUGUACCUGAUCCCACUCCUAAUGCCAGUAAUGGAGGCGGCCCACACCGGAGAGACACAGUAAUCUCUUUUGGUAAUCAGAGCGUGGCCAUGUCGGAUGCUCCUCUGAUCACACACCGCUGCGAUUACGUGUACGAGGUGGAUGGAGAGACUGUGCUGGAGAGACCCGUGGCCUGCUACAACCUCUGCCACGUCUGAGACACGUUCACAGGACGGACAGCCAGGGAUACUGCCUUCUAAAGCACACAUUAACCUUUUUGGGUCAAAGGAACUUCCAACAUCCUGUUCGGUUUCUCUGCAGAAUGAAACCAACGUUUGAGUAAUGAGGUGUCAGGGUUUAGCGGCUUUACUGGAUUUUGCCUGUGCCAUGCCGAAAACAAAAAAAACCUUUAAUACUUGAUAUACUGUGUUUUUCCAUUCAGUUUUGAAACCGAGGAAAUGCAUGAAGUGUCACGUUGAACCUAAACCGCUCUUAGGUAGGCAGGAUAAUGGGUUGCAACAACAUACAUUUAAGGGAUAUUAGUCAGUCAGCAGUAACAGUUAGACAUUCACGGUAGGCCUGUCCUAAUGAAGUAUGAUCAAGGUUUUAAGUUGCCUUAACAUGAUCUCAGUUUUGACAAUAAUUCUGAGAGCUCGAAAGACUUGAAAGUUAACAAAAACUGAGCAAAUGUUUGUCAUUGAAGUGAACCUUUAUGUUAGACAAGGUAUUUGUAUUGAUAGAUUUUAAAGCAACAUUAAUGUAAAACAAUAUUUACAUCAGCCUAGUGAGAUCACUUGUGUUUUUUUUAUACCAAUGCUUUUAAUCUUCUGUUUUCUAUUAAAACUGGACCUACAAAAUCA